AUGCGUGCUACCUCCAUUGUCUCCAUUAUAUCCGGGCUACACGCUACUUUGUGCCUGGCAACAGACGACAGCUGGCCAUGGCAAACCUAUAAGUCCAGCUCUUUUGAGCCUCCCAACCUCAACAUCAAAAAGUCCGGACCAACCGCCCCUGGCUACCUGUUCUUUGAUCAAUCAUGGGAUGCCCAUCAGUACAGUGUGUUCAUGAUGUCGGAUGAGAAUGACCUAAUUUGGCAGAGCCCGGCUGGCGAUGUGAAGGACUUCCGCGUACAGGUGCUAGACGGAGAGCCGGUCUUGACCUACUUCAAUGGAAUUGGUAUCCCUGAGCCCUUUGGUUGGGGGUACGGUAUCAUUCAGAUUUUGGACCAAUCUUACCAGAGCAUCUACAAUGUUUCGCUUCUUCACGAUAACUUCACUGCCGUUGGUACUGUUGACAGCUCGAGUUUCGUUUCUUGGCUUGAUAUCCACGAAAGCACUAUGACCUCGGACAACACUAUGCUAUUGACCGGUUAUAAUGUCACCAGGGCUGACUUGAGCUCCGUUGGUGGGCCCAAGGAUGGCUGGAUUGCUGACUCGCUCUUUUAUGAGAUCGAUGUUAAGACCAACGACAUCUUGUUCCGCUGGAGUGCUAAAGACCACCUUGAUCAAAUCACCUUGGAGGCUGUCCAGCCUUUCUACCCUAUCCGUGACUGGGGACAUAACAGCAGUGCUCCGUACGGCUACUUCCACAUCAACUCGGUUGAGAAGUUCAAGGACGGUACUUUCCUCAUUUCGUCUCGCUACUAUUGCUCCUUGUUCAAGAUUUCCAAAGAUGGAACCGUCGAUUGGUCUAUCGAGGGCCAAACUGGCGGCGACUUCCUCCUGGACGGAGUCAAUUUCGCUUACCAACACGACGCACGCAUCCAAAAAGAGACCACAAACGAAUUGAUCGUCAGCAUCUUUGACAACGCCAAUUCUGACGUUGAGAAUGGUACUGACCAUACCGAGGGUAUCUUCAUGAAUGUCAACCUGGAUACGAAGAAGGUCACUCCACUUCGUCUCCUGGAUGACCCGAACGAUGAGAUAUUCUCUGUAUCCAUGGGAGCCGUGCAAGCCUUGCCAGGAGACCACGUUCUGAUGGGAUAUGGGUCCAACCCGACUUUCAAGGAGUACAAUGCGGAUGGGUCCCCUGUUAUGACCGUUCAGUUCGGGGAAGAUGGUGUGGUGUCUAGCUACCGGGCCUAUCGUCACCCCUGGGUUGGCAUUCCAAACACUUCUCCUGAUACAUUCGCCUGUCACGACGCCUCCCAUAACACGACAAAUGUUUACAUGAGCUGGAAUGGCGCUACCGAGGUUAAGCAGUGGAAGGUUUUUGGGGGCGUUACUCAAAGUGGCCUUUUCCCGGUCGGUGUGGUGCCAAAGACAGGGUUCGAAACAAGGGCGUCUGUCAAGGGUGGUCUCAAGCAUGUCCGUGUUGAAGCUCAUGGUCGUGGCAUUAAAACGGGAGUCUCGAAAACUGUCCAUGUUCAGCCUCGGUGCUAA